GAAUGAUACGUGCAUAGAUGAUCUUACGUUGAAAAUCCUUCAGAAGGAAACUAAACUUAGGAUUGAAGGAGGAGAAGGAGAAGGACGGAUACUGGGAGAAGAAGGAGAAGGACGUAUACUAGGAGAAGGACGGAUUCUAGGGGAAGGAGUGAUUAAAGUAGGAAAGGAAGAUGGUGGAGGGAAGGAGAGUAUUCUGGUGAAACUGAAUUCUCGGUUAAAAAGUUUAGAGAAGAAUACGACCUCCUUAUCUCUCCUGGUUAAGAAGCUAAACAUGACGUCCUCUAUACAGACCUCGGAUAUGGAAAGGAUCCUUGAAGCUGUUAUCCGAGCUAAGGAGUCCUUCCAGGAGUCCAGCAAGGAGCAGUCCUCGUCCAGAUCUAGAAUGAGAACUCUCACGGAGAAGGUUGUAAAGCUGGAGGAAAAUAUUCAGGAUUCAUCGAACACAAUCAAGAUUAUUGUUUUCUCUCUGAUCUUGUUGGCAGGACUGUUCCUGUAUCUAGUCUGCUCUCUGGAGCCCAGGGGUAGGACGGAGAGGAGCAAGGAGACACGGGAGACAGGAACUAUGACGGAUAUGGAGGAGAACAUGAAAAUUGUGUCCAGUAAGGUUGAGAGUCCCCUGAGAGCGGAGAGAAGAUCAACCUGGUGUGGUCGCGGUAAUAAUGGAAAUAUUUCUCCGUUGAAUCAACCAACCAGGAGAAAUGAACCUGUCCCAGUUAACAAAAGAAUCAGGGAGAUACAAGGAGAUGAAUGUGGUUUGAGUAUUCCCUACUCAACUCCUAGCCAGGUGUUGAACAAUGAUGAUCAAACCAUUGAUGAAAUCCUUGCCAUCCUGAAUCCACGGAGCCUUGAACCUAUCCCUGGAGACGGAUGGAGCCCAUCCCCGAGUGUUACUUCUAAACCUCAAGCUGGGCGUCUCAAUCCAAUCCCGGAGUAUCCAGAACUAGAUUUAAGCCCCAGGGUUCAAGGUUCACAAGAGGAUUCUCUCUCAGGUUCAACUCUUCUGGAUUUACUCCAGGGUGGAGUAAUAUCUCCGAAACCUGGAUUAACACCGAACCGAAGAGUUACAUGGUGUGGUGGUGGUUCCAUACCUUACUCUGGACAAACUCCACCAAGUUUUAAACCUCGCUCCUAUUCUAAAGAUACCUGAACAUGCUUUUCUUUUAUAUUCGAUUUAUAAUUUCUGCAACCUACUGAAACAGUACUAGACUAAAACUCGUUUAAAAACACAAAAAUACAUCACAAAAUGCAAAAAGGUUAUUUAUGUUCCCUUGAGAUUGAUUUUGGGUCAAAUAUAGAAAUUGGAAGUUCUUAAUAUAUUGAAAAAGUGCAAUAUUAAUUUUUCACAAAUUGUCAACAAGCUUGUUCGUUUAAACAUUUGAGAUUUAUAAACUUUUUUGACAUUCAAUGUAUAAACAUUAAACAUAUUUAGUUUUAUAUUAAUUAUAGAUACCAAGUAUCUUCUAAGCUUUAAAUAAUGAUAGCUUUGUAUUUUUUUUUGAUAAAUGUAUUUUUUAAUUCUUUUUGUUCCAGAGAUUUUUCCUUGAAAAGGAAAAAAAUAUUUGAGGGUUUUAUCAGAUCGCUUUUUAAACAUUUUUUUAAUCUUCAAAACUUUAUUUUUGAAGUAUUAUAUAUUCCCUAUUUAUGUGGGACAAAAUCUUAAUUAUUUUAAAACUUUAGAAACAUUGAUUUUUCUGUGAAUGUCUUGUCAAAAUACUUCUAUUUUUUAAUGUUUUUUUUAUAAAAAAGUUACCAUAUUUUCUUAUGAAAAUUAAAUGAUUUAUGAAAACACGCAAAUGUGAAUUUUUAAUUAUUUAAAAUGAUGCAAACUUGUAAAAGUUGUAAGUUUCUUUACAGUUUAUUGUGAUCUUAAUUCUAAAUUUUUAUAUCAAAAUAAUUAAUCAGAAUUUAUUUUGUAAAUAAAUAUAAAACGCAACUGAA